GGCUUGGCUUUUUAAACACUGAACAAAUGCAUAAAUGUAAAUCGUGCCCUAAAACGUUAAAUAAUUACGAUUUCAUUUUCAAGUCUUGAAAUGAAUUUCUCCUACAGGAACUCUCGAUUACUCUUGGGUUUCAAGCUAGGCGUAUAAUUUAUUAUUACUAACAAGGGAGGGGAAGGAUCUAUGUUUUGUCGCGAAGGCAUAUCGUAGGCAGUGGUGGUACCUUGGACAGAGCCAUCUUUGGUCUAUCUCGCCGGACACGUUUUGGGUUGUGCUAUCUUUACAGCUGAAAGAAAAAAAAAUUAAAUAAUAAUACCGCUUUUUAUUAGCGUUAUUUCAAAAUUAUCUUUUCAGCCGGCAGAUAAAAACAGAAGUAGCAAACGCAAUGGAUGAAGAAUACGAUGUUAUUGUUCUUGGUACAGGUUUGACGGAAUGUAUUCUGUCUGGAAUCAUGUCUGUAAAUGGAAAGAAGGUUCUACAUAUGGAUAGGAAUCCUUAUUAUGGAGGAGAAAGCUCUUCAAUUACUCCCCUGGAGGAGCUGUACAAGCGAUUUGGAAUUCCUGAUGGACCACCAGAAUCAAUGGGUCGAGGCAGAGACUGGAACGUCGAUUUAAUUCCUAAAUUUCUAAUGGCCAAUGGUCAGCUAGUAAAGAUGCUGCUAUACACAGAGGUGACGAGAUACCUGGACUUUAAAGUAGUAGAAGGAAGCUUUGUUUACAAAGGUGGAAAAAUCUACAAAGUCCCAUCCACAGAAACUGAAGCACUUGCGUCAAAUCUAAUGGGAAUGUUCGAAAAACGCAGAUUUCGGAAGUUCCUAGUUUUUGUUGCCAACUUUGAUGAAAAUGACCCCAAGACAUUUGAGGGAGUAGACCCCAAGUUAACUACCAUGAGGGAUGUUUACAAGAAAUUUGACCUCGGUCAGGAUGUAAUUGAUUUCACUGGGCAUGCACUGGCUCUCUACAGGACAGAUGACUAUUUGGAUCAGCAUUGCUUAGAGACAAUAAAUCGCAUCAAAUUAUACAGUGAGUCUUUGGCAAGAUAUGGCAAGAGUCCAUACCUGUACCCACUGUAUGGUCUAGGCGAGUUACCUCAGGGUUUUGCCAGGUUAAGUGCAAUUUAUGGAGGAACAUACAUGUUAAACAAGCCUGUGGAGGAAAUUGUGAUGGAGAAGGGCCAUGUCAUUGGUGUGAAGUCAGAGGGAGAGGUGGCCCGUUGCAAACAGCUAAUCUGUGAUCCUAGCUAUGUCCAGGAUCGUGUGCGGAAAGUGGGUCAGGUGAUCCGAGUAAUCUGUAUUCUGAGUCAUCCCAUCAAAAAUACCAAUGAUGCAAACUCCUGUCAGAUUAUCAUCCCUCAAAACCAAGUUAAUCGGAAGUCAGAUAUCUACGUGUGUAUGAUCUCCUAUGCCCACAAUGUAGCAGCACAGGGAAAGUACAUCGCCAUUGCCAGUACUACUGUGGAGACCAAUGAACCUGAGAAGGAAAUUGAACCUGCUUUAGAGCUGCUGGAACCCAUUGAUCAAAAAUUUGUGGCAAUUAGUGAUCUUUAUGAAUCUACAGACGAUGGCAGUGAGAGUCAGAUUUUUUCAUCUCGUUCCUAUGAUGCAACUACUCACUUUGAAACCACCUGCAAUGAUAUCAAGGACAUCUACAAGAGGAUGACUGGCAGUGACUUCGACUUUGAGAACAUGAAGCGCAAACAGAAUGAUGUCUUUGGGGAGGAUGAGCAGUGAGAAUUGGUGAAGGGGGGCGUAAGCCAUAAGGCGAGGCUCGCUGUGACAUCACCGCUGCGGAUUUUCAUCUCCAAAUUUAUACAUAUACACAGACAUCUCACUAGCAUUUCUCAGUCCCUUUCUUCCAAAUCCUAUUUUCUCUCAUGCUUGGGCUGCCACUUUAUCAGAAGAUACAGUAUAGUCAGGUGGCUCACCUAUCUUUUUGAGAUGAUGCUCUUUUACAUUACAACAGUAAUUUAGCAACUCAAGUCAACAGUUGCCACCUGCCAUACUGCCUGUGUUGGGAGUCUUUAAGUAUAGAGGAUGCUCUGCUGUGCCUAUAAUGUCUGGUUGCAGUCCACUGCCAGCUGCUGGUUGUCGAUUUUGAAUGCCAUACAUCUCUUAUUGGUCUAUACUUUAGGACUUCUUAAAUAGCAGCCAUCUGUUUAACAGAGCACAAUCCUUAAAGAUGUCAGGUAUCUAACAUAUACACAUGAAUAACAGGCCAACUUUACCUUUAUUUGAAGAAAUAGGAAACAAAACAGUUUAUGUAAUCUACUGUGCUUUUUAGCCUUUGUCACUUGCAGGCAAUGUGGAGCAUAAAACUGACCUCAAAGUCUAGUGGUUGAAUGAUAAAUCUUUCUUGGUUUAUACUAAUGGGUUGAGUGGAAGUGAUUUCCUAAUACAAUGCUGUUCAAGCAAAUACAUUACAGCGGUUUGAUAUGAAAAGCAGGGGUCCAGGAAAGUCAUAGUUUACAAGAUGCUUGUCUUGCUUUUUCCAAGCCAAACAUGAAGCAUAUUUAAACAUUAUCAUAAGCACACCAAUGAAUGGCACCUUGAGGCUGAACUAGACUAGUGCUAGGGAAAUCCUGAUUGGGUGGCAGCUUGUACUGUAUCCUGUGUUUCGUAGCAUUCAGUGAGGCUUGUAAAAAAUGGGGAAGGUGGGGGACCAUGCUGCAGUAAGCUGCUUACCAUAGGACCUACCUGCAUCCAUGCUCACUGUUAGAAAGUACAGCUAAUUUAAACAUUUCUCAUAGCAUAUAUUCUGUGUUUAGUUAUUUAAAAUGAAAACAAACUAGUAUUUUUUUGUUAUUGUGAAUAUAAUUUAAACUGAAAAACCUCGGGCCUAAUUGUUUAACUAAAUGGACAAAAAAAAAAACUUGUAUUUUGUGGAAAAAUUACUCAAAGAUGACAGACUGGAAGGAGAGAGCUACAUGAUUUGUUUGCUAUAACUAGAUAACUAUUAGACAUCAGUAAAAUAUCCACAACAAAAGAGCUGUUUGACCAGGAAACUAUGCAAACAAAGUGGAUUAGAUGUUAGAGAGGACAUACUGGAAGUCAAGCAUGGAAGUAGUCAUUAAGUUGGAGUUGCUAAACUGUUUGAUAUGAGCAGAAAGGUUAAGCUUUGAAAGAUCUGAGAGCCUGUAAAGCAGGUUGGAUUCUCAAUAUAACUAAUGAUGAAGAGGAAAGGGUAAGUAGACCUUGGGUCACAAAAAUGACUUUUUUGUAAGCUGUUGCAUUGAGAUACUUUAGAGUGGUGAGACACACAGUGGAUACGUUUGGCAGGAGCUAAGACAGAAGCAGUCAGGUCUUAUAAGCAGAACUGAUGGACUGUCAGAAAGUGCCCUAAUUUUAAACUUGAGAGAUGGGAACAGCAGAAGGCUACUAUCGAAUAGCUGGAACUGAUCAGUUGGAAGGGGCAGUUCAUUCAUAUGAGCAGUCCUGCUUGUUUUCCUGGUAGCUGGAGAUAAACAGAUGGUUCAAAUAGAUAACUUAUAUAUAUAUAUAUCUUUUUUCUCUUCAAAACAUUUUUUGUACAAAGUGCUGCCAGUCUAGCUCAACUAUUUCCAUAGCAACUGUGAAUUUGAUUAAAUUAGUUUAAGAAUAUUAUGAUUUCUUUAAUUAAAUCUUCAAACUUGGUCCUGCCCCCACAACAUUUUAUGACUGCAGUGUUGUAUUUCAACCAAUGUUCUGUUUUUAACUGGGCUCUUACCUUAUUUAGACAUGUGCUUUUUUCAUACUUUGUAUUUAUUCAUUCAUCUGGAAAUUACCAACAGGUUUAUUUAGCUAAAAAAAGAAAUAUUUUUGUUUUAUACACAGAUACACAUAUGUUUUACUUAUUUUAUUUUCAUAAUAUUUUGUUCUUUUUCAUUUGGAAUGUAAUUUUUAUUUGAAUUGUUUUUUUUUUUUGCAAAUGAGCACACAUGUGAAUAUUAUACUAAAGAUGUCACUCCUCUUUAGUAUUCAUUGCACUGUGCACCUUUUGUGUGCUUUACUCAUUGUCAUUUGUAACUAAUUAGACAGGUUUAGAAGUAAGUAAAUUAAAAAGAAUAAAGUAGAAAGGUUAAAAAGAAUACAAUUAAAAGCUAUACAAAAUACAAAUCUUUUUGAGGUUUAUACUAAACUAAAGCACACACAUUUCUUAUUAUGAAAUAAGUCCAGAAAAAACAGCUGAUUCUAAAAUUGGUUUAAACAAAAAUCUGCAGCCACAGUGGGCUCCAUGACCAAGUUUGAGAACUCUUGCUCUAAAUGACUGCUGUAAUGUAAGAGUUUGUAUUUAUUGCUGCCAUUAUCAUUCAGCCCAGGAAAUGUAGACAUGCAGGGGUGUGUUAGUAAUGCAUUAGGGACCUGUUUAGUGACUAGAUGUCAUUCCCUACUAGCUGGUUUUGUCUGCCUUGUGAGGCCAAGGUUGGUUUGCUGUACUUGGCACAAUAACAGAACAUUGGGCCCAGAUGUUCCAGUGCAACACAGAGUAGGAAUGAGAAGAGCACCAUUCAUUUCAGCAGUUCUGUCCUCUACUGUAAUCUUAUUAAAAUAAACUGAAGAUAUGAAAUUAUAUAAUUUUGUUUUUUUAGAAAAAUAUACUAUAUUAAAACUACAUAUCAAAUUGUACUGAAAAAAUAAGAAUGGAGUACACUGUAAAUUAUACAGCCCAACAUAACACUAAUGGUAUAUUUUCUGUACAAUUAAUGUACUUGCUGUCUUAAAAAAAGUUUGAUAGGUUCUUAGGUAAACAUAAUUACAAAAAGAAGUUCAUUUGGGGUGAUAGGAGACAUUCCUGCUUCAAGAGUGCACCUCUCCUAGAUACAGUAGGUUUGCAUCCUGUAAGUCAACAACCUUCACUUUUGAGAUUCAAUUUCAGGGGUCUUAUUUUGUCAGUUUGGCUAAAUCAUGUAUCUGUACACUUAAAAAAUGUUUUAAGUACCUAAAGGUUCUAAAAAUAGAAUUAAUUAAUUAUGUAUAUGCUCUAAAAACUGUGUGAAGCCAACAUUGUCAUUAGCUGUUGACCUGCGAGGAUCCUUACUUAACAGCUGACAAGUGAUAUAAGUUUUGUUAUAGCAUUGUUUAAAAAAGUGUUAAUUGAUUCCAAAAGCAAUCAUGCACGUCUUCUCCAAUUUGUUACCAGUUUUUUCCAGGAGAUGACAAAAUUUAUACUUUUCAAAUUUAACGUUUAGUUGAAACAUCUGACCUGUUUCAAGAAUAUAUAAAUUGCAAUAUAUUGUAUUUUAGUUUCUCGAAGAAUUCCUUUUUCUUGUGAAAGCCUACCACCAAGAUUUCGAUAAUUGCAGUAAGUAGGACUAAUUUUGGCAACUUUUGCAGUACAGAUGGUUCCAGUGCAAUAAUAAAGUCUCUGGUGGUAUAAUUUUUCAUAUUUAUUUAUAUAGGUUGUAAUAAGUGGCAUUGUAUGAACAGAAUUGGAAUGAGAUCACGCUACAUUCUAUGCAGGAGUAACACUGCUUUUGUAUUCCACAGCCAGUGUGACAACCUCCUCUUUUUUGUUUUGUGGUUAGGAGUGUUCUUUGAGGAUAGUUCCAAAUAAAACACAUUCCCCUUUUGCUGUGUCAAAAAUAUAUAAAAGUGUUUACAAGUAUAACACCCAGCCUUACCCUUUAACCAUUGUGUAGGAAGGGUUUAACCAUGCACACAAGUGCAACAACCAGACCCCCCUCUUCCUGAGUUGUGGCAAAGGCAGUCUGCUGUAUACAGCAGCAUAACUUAUAAUUACUUUGAGCUCACCAGUAAAUAUAACACGUCCCCCUUCCUAGAUUAUUCCCAGGGCUACCUGAUAUUGGUUAAACACAACACCUGAUGGUGACAGACUAAAGGCACAUUACUUGAGAAUACACCCAGUAACAUUCAGAUCAAACCCCCACAACAACCGACCACAGUCAUGGCUUACAGUUUAACAUUACAUACAUUCCAGUACAUCUAUAUUUUUGCUAAUUCUAGCCUGGUUCUUCAUGUCACUUGAAAGCAACCCUGACCUUUGACUUGCUGCACCUUUUGGGAUGCUUUCUUCUGUUUGUGUGAGCACACAUGUCUUGUCUGUUCAUGUUGCUGAUUUUAUUAUGUUUUCUAUUAAAAUAAGUAAAAAAGAAAAAAAAGACAAAUGCAUGGCUGCACCUUUCUGGAGAAAACCAAAAUGGUUUUUAGUUAACUUUGUUUUGUCUACUAAAUAAAAACCAUUAAAGCUGCUAAUCAGAAAGGAAGAAACUUCACACACCAUGUAGUACACCUCUCCUUUGUAGCAGUACUCUGCAUGGCCCAUCUUGACUGCCCUUUUCAAAUGAAGUACUAUAGGUUGCAUAUAUGUGAAAUCACAGAUAUCAUAUAUGUGACUUUCUCUGUACUGCCCCUUUAUUUUCAAAUACUUUGGAAUUAUUUAUUCUGAUCUAAGCUGAGCUAGUGCUAAGGACAGGGCUAUAGAAAAAGUUCAAGAUUACAGUUGGCAAAGCCUCAUGGCAUUCUGUACCAUUAAUGUAUUACAGUUUGGGAUAUCAGUUAUCUGCAUUUUUAACAUUGCAGAAAUCUAAAUAUUACACUCUGUUUUCCAGACAUUAAAUGCUAAAAUUCAUAUCUAAACUGCAGAAAAUAAAAUAUUAGUUUGCAGUUAAUUUUGUGUUUGGACCCAAAGAGUCAGGGCUAUAUAAAAUUGCCAAAGUGAAAUGUAGUCAAUGUUUGUUCUAAUUUCUAAAAUGAAAAAUAAAAUAUACGGUACACACAAUUACAUCUUGAAAAGCCAGAAAUGCACCAUCAAGUAGAUUAAAAGAUACUAACAUAUAACAUAUUUUACUAUGUUCUGUACUUAUUACUUCUGCAGUGCUGCAGAAGGCCAUUACUGCUGUGAUGAUUUUCUCUUGUUUAGUGGGGUUUCUGCUGCUCAGAAAUUUGUGCAGCCAUGCUUUGCCUUUCAUUGCAGUUUUAAUUUUUUUUCUGUUUCUUCUUAUUUUUAAAGAUGAAACUCUUACAUACUGUCUUAACUUAUUUGGACUUACAAGUAGCUUGCUUGUGGCCAUCUUUUGAACACUAGUAUGUGAAAAGUACCUAAUGUCUUGUGGAAAAUGAAAUGAUAAUAAUAAAAGAUACACACAAGUUGUGGAAAUGGUAAUUAUAACUGGAAA